UUCAACAACAAUCAAUAUCCCGGAUGUAGGAAGUACACUCGGAAGGUUACUGUGAUAUAAGAACGAUGUUCAACAGAAUUAGAGCCUUGGUCGGGCCGGCUAAAAAGUUUGUUGGGGUAGAUCACCUCGGAAAUAAGUACUAUGAAAUACCGGAACGCACAACCGUAUUGGGAACUAAACGUAAGGGCCGCCGGCUGGCUGAGUCCCCCACAGAGACCAUGGACUACCAGCUGGGAGACAUACCGCUGGAAUGGGAAGCCUGGAUCCGUGGCAGAAGAAAGGAUCCUCCAACAGAUGCAGAGAUCAGGAAGAACGAGAGAAUGGCACUGCUGAAGCAACAGAGAGGACAGGAGGUAGAACAGAGGGACCUGGAGAGGCAGCAGCAGGAAUAUGACGAGGGCCUUGUUGCAAGACCAGCACCUAAAGUACACACAGGCCAUGCUUCCUCCCCAUCAUAUGAGAAGCCAGAUACGGAGCAGGAAACCAGCACAGGUGGAACAUUUCAACCCUCAGCCUGGGUGCCGGGGAAAAAGUCAUGACAGGAGGACAUUUUCUGAAGACUACCAGUAUUUGGGAAAUAUCAGGAACACACCUUUUGUUAUCCCUCCUUAGUCAGUUUGAAAAAAGUCUGAACCAUCCCUGAUGAGCUUUUUAUACAGUCUCAUAUAAUGUGGUCUGAGGAGGUCAGCACUUGAUGUGAAUAAGGGAAAAUCGCACAAUGUCAUAUAAAUGAUGUUUCCUGAAGUGAACCAAAAGGUACAAGCAUGUAAUGGACAGGUAUGAGUAGUUGUGUAAAUAGUAUCAUACUAAUAAUAUGUACACAGAUACAAUAAGGGUAGAAUUCUUUUUGUCAGACCAAGGAGAUUAUAGGAAGUAGAACCACAAAAUUGCUUCAGAUGUAAUAAAAAAAAUACAAAAAAG